AUAUUGAUUGUGGACAUGUUCCUGGGAAGCUAAAGCCCUUCGCAUAUCAACGUACAGAGUGAUAGGAACUGCUAAUUUUCCAAGUCAUCGCGGGCGAGCGUAUGAAAUUGCAAUCAUUUAUGCAACAAGCGUCGAAGCUAAAGAAUGAACAAAGAGCAGACUCAAAAGGGAAGCUUCACCAUUGGCUAAAUAGUGCAGUUCUGCUUCGCUGGAUGCUCGCAAACCAGUUCUGCGAUCCGUCGAUAUUUUUUAAUGCGUCGCAGUUUAUUCGCCGUGAUAUGGUUCGUUCUGACAAACCGUUUUCUUUCUCUUCGUAGCAGCGCGCUGAACGGGAACUCCAACACCACUGUGACAUGCAUGUGGCUGUAUUUAUUUUGCUUUGGAUUUGCUUUUCUAAAACGGUCUGACGUUUGGUACACGCGCCCGUCGCCACCACCCAUCGUUCCCAGCACGAAAAGUGUCCCGUGUCCCGGCACUGGGGCCGUUCGGGUGGGAAUGAUUUCAUAACAAGUGGUGAAAUUGCGCGUUCUCUCCCGCUGUUCGAUGGAGGAAUUCAAAGUUCUUCACCGAGGGUGCACAGCUGUUUUCGGAAAGUGGAGCUCGUAUGCAGUUUGAAGCGAUCAUGGCAUGUGCUUUAGCAGCAUAUCAAUUUUUAAGAACCGAAUUUGAGACGCAUUUGAAAACUGUAAACACUGUCCUGUUUCGUAAUGGGGUGUGCUGUGCGCUUUCUGCGCUCUUUGUCCCCGGUGAGAUGAUGAACAAAACAAACUCACCUUACCCGCCACCAUAUGGAUAGCAAAAGGGAAUACUAAUAGCAACUUGAGAAGGAAACCGCGAACGCUUUGAGGGAAUUGCGCAUGUCGCGGACCGAAAUGUAAACAAACAGCAGCUCGAGUGGAUGAAUUCCAUACCGGGAGCGGGAUGUACGAUUAAUGGCCUAAAGUUUGGGCAAAUGUAAAUUUGCCUCGAUAACAGGCACCGAUUUGUCCGAGUACCCUGAUGGAACCAAUGAUGUUGUUCACCUAGAAUGACUGUCACGGAAUCCUGUUUUCUACACGCGGUGGAUCUGACCGGCCUUCCUUCAACAUUACGAAGUCGAGUCAUCUUACCUUAUGCAACCCUAAAAACCAGUAUUUCACUCAAAUUAUUGUCGUCAUUCGAUUUAAAAAUAAGAAAUGAUCUCUAGAACGAGCUAUGUUGGUCGUCGGUGGAUAAAGAUCACCGCGUGCAAAAUCCCGGAGUGGCAAUGGACGGUUUUUGUUGAACACCUUCAACGGAACAUAAGUGGCACGUUGUGGGCUCGCGCUUCGCGGUGGUUUGCCUUAGAACGAAAGUGGGCACGGAACCGGUUCACUGCGCGCUGCUGGGAGGUACGUACGGCGAGUCUUCGGUAAAUUAUUUGCAACAGCACCUACAACAACACCCGUAAAGACAUGAAAUACGCUUAAUUUCAACGAACCAGUCUCGAUCGGAGACGAUUGAGAACUGAGCCGUCUCAAGAUCGGUAGUAUUUUCAAAAAUUCAAGGUUACCCUGUGCUCACGACCGGAGAAGUCUUUUCCAAGGGUGGUAGUAGCAUUGUGGGAUGAGCCACAAACCGGCAUUUUCUGUUUGCGGCCUGUUUUUUCGGUGUUCAUGUGAAGAGGGCCUUUAAGUGGUGGUACAGCUGACUCGGCACUUUUCGGAAUAAUUAACUCGUUAGACACGGACGAAUAUUUGCCGAUUAGCUUAACUUCCGUCAUGCGGUUGUCCACUGAUAUUUGUGCCGGUUACAAACAGCUGAUGUGUUGUUUUGACCUAUUCGGAAGGGUGCAAUGAUUGUAACCGUUUUUUUUUUUAAAUUCAAAUGAAUGAAAUAGAUUAUUUUAAUCAUAUUCAACCAUACAUUAGGAUAAUACAAGGUUACAAGGUAUGAUAUCCGCCCUCAUAAAACACGAAUUAGUUCAGGGUUUCGGCAGCUCCGGGAUGGGGGAUGUUCAGGGUUUUACUGUGACAAAUAUGCGCACGUACUUUUGCUGUUAACGAUCCUCACCGGGGAGGGCAAAGCUGGAACCUAUUUUGGCAUCGUGCAAUGGAAAACCUUCCCUGCCAAUGCUGUGCGCCGCCAAGGUGGACAAGAACGUUUCGCGUUGAUUAAAAUCGCCAAAGCCUGGCGGGCACAUUCACUAAUGUGAUAUUGAGCACCUUUUCUUCUCCUAUCUAUGGUAGCUCUGACUCUGAUAAAUCACACUUCCGUUUGGUGAGAAAUUAUGUAAAGUGGCAUGGUGAACCUCUAAAACGCGUCGAUCGAUCGGCUUUUUUAUCGGGCCCACGAAAACAUUGGCUGCCGGUAGAUUUUGUUUGGAUCGUUGCACAUACAAUUUUUCCCACCCUUGUAGAUCACCGAUCGAUCGGUCGAGCGUUUUGCUAUGUAUGUACCCGGCGCCCAUCGCUCUGUGCGCGAGUGUGUGUGUGUGUAUCUGUAUUAGCAACCCGCAUGCCGGGGCAGAUUGUUGGGCCGAGGCUGAUUACGCGUUUUGGUGGGGUGGCUUGAUGUUUCGCUCGCUCUGAAUGCCGCUCUACCCGAUCGGCGGUUCAAACGCGAUCUUACCGUUGCCGGUGUAGGUUCGUGCUCGGUUUGUAAGUCGUUUUCAGUGGAGUUUUUUUCACGUUUUACGUUCUGUUAGUGUUUGUAAACGACGUUUGCAUCAAUCAAGUUAGUAGCAACGUGCAUACGCGUCUUUCGGGCUGCAACGGGCUAUUUUCGUCUUUCGUCGUGUCGGUGGCUACAAAUUUACACUAAAGUGGUAAAACUUGACACUUAAAAUUGUUCUUGCGAUCGAAAAUCAAUUGUGAAAACUCGCGACAGCGUAUCGGAAGAGAAGCGGUUGACCGUGGCCCAGUGCGUUACGAUCGUUGGAAAUUAAAAAUUUAACCAGAAAAACACGGUGAACGACGGUGACGUGCGGUGCGACGCAGGAAAUCGGAUUACAGUCUUCGGGGAAACCGGAACCGACUGGCGCACAAAACCAUCUUCAGCAGCAGCGGUUGAGCUGGUGAUCUAUACACCCCCGAUACCACCCUUUCCCGAAGCUCGUGUUACGUGCGUUCGAGAUGCGUAGCGUGCGCAGCAGCAUCACCAUCAGCCGGUUGGGGAUUUAUCCGAAAAAAUCAAACAUUCGCACUGGUUCCAUCUGCCUAAAUUCGUCCACUGCCACCAACGGCUAUCAGUUUCAUCCUCACCAUCCACAAUGUAGCCUGGUCACAACACUAUGGUCCUGCAAUCCCACCGUCACAUCGAGCGAUGCACCCCGGAGGACAAUCGGUAGCCACAGUCACAGCGUGAAAGCGUGUUCCUCGCCGAUUCUACUGUGUGCCACCACCAGCAGCAGCAGCAGCAGCAGCAGCAGUUGCUCCUCAUUAACGGAUAUCUCUUCCUGUACGUUUCCGCCACAUCCACAGCGAACCUUUCGCCGCUCGCUUCACGUGUCCGCGGUCUGUGAUAAAUCAUCAUCGAAGGAUGGUGGCAGCGGAACCAACCCGCCGGGAGGUAGUGGCUCGGCGGGCGGUAGUGGUAGCGGCACCACCGCCAGUGGUGGCGGUUCUUCGUCGGUCGGUGCCGGCGGAAAGGAUGGUGGUAGCGGCGGUGGUAAGGAACCACCGAACAAGAAGAACACACUGUCCUGUCCGAAGUGUGGCGACCCAUGCACGCACGUGGAAACGUUCGUCAGCUCGACGCGGUUUGUAAAGUGCGAAAAGUGUCACCAUUUCUUCGUGGUGCUGUCGGAGGUCGAUUCGAAGAAGACGAUUAAAGACACGGAAACGAAGGGCGCACGGAAGCCGCCACCACCGCCGAAGAAAAUUAUGGAGUACCUCGACCGGCACGUCGUCGGCCAGGAGCUGGCGAAGAAGGUUCUGUCGGUGGCGGUGUACAAUCACUACAAGCGCAUCUACCACAACCUUCCGGCACCGGCCUCCGGGUCGUCGAGUGCGCAGCAGCAACAGCAGCAGCUGGAUUCGAUGUCACGCAGCGGUGAUCUGCUGCACAUAUCCGGCAUCGGGCACACCAUGAUGAGCUCGGCACCGUCCGAAGUGCCACGACCGCCGAUGGGUGCGGGCGGCGCUGGGGCCGUACAUGGGGGGGCCGGCUCGAACGCACACCAUCCCGGGUCGGAGCUGCUGGACAAGAAGACGCACGAGCUGAAGCUGGAGAAGAGCAACAUUCUGAUGCUCGGGCCGACCGGCUCGGGCAAAACGCUGCUUGCGCAAACGAUUGCCAAGUGCCUGGACGUCCCCUUUGCCAUCUGUGAUUGUACGACGCUAACGCAGGCCGGUUACGUCGGUGAGGAUAUCGAGAGUGUGAUUGCGAAGCUGCUGCAGGACGCUAACUAUAGCGUCGAGCGGGCGCAGACGGGCAUCGUGUUUCUGGACGAGGUGGACAAGAUUGGGGCCGUGCCCGGUAUCCAUCAGCUGCGCGAUGUCGGCGGCGAGGGUGUGCAGCAGGGCAUGCUGAAGAUGCUCGAGGGAACGAUCGUGAACGUGCCGGAACGAAAUUCGCCGCGAAAGCUGCGCGGCGAAACGGUGCAGGUAGACACGACCAACAUUCUGUUCGUGGCGUCCGGUGCGUACACCGGUUUAGAUCGUCUGAUUGCGCGGCGGCUGAAUGAGAAGUACUUGGGCUUCGGUAUGCCGGCAAGUUCAUCGGAAGGACGCCGGGCCGCACAGGCGUCAGCGUCGCCGAUGGAUAACGAUCAAGCCGAGCGGGACGCAAAUCUGAAGAAGGUGCAAGCGAAAGAUCUCGUCGAGUUCGGUAUGAUUCCCGAAUUCGUUGGUCGCUUCCCGGUUCUGGUGCCGUUCCACAGUCUCGACGUGGACAUGCUCGUACGCAUUCUAACCGAGCCGCGUAAUGCGCUCGUGCCCCAGUACAAAGCCCUCCUCGGUAUGGAUCAGGUCGAGCUGUCCUUCACCGACGAUGCGCUGAAGCAAAUCGCUCAACUAGCCAUGGAACGACAAACCGGUGCCCGUGGUCUACGUGCAAUUAUGGAAACGCUUCUCUUAGAACCGAUGUUUGAGGUGCCCGGAUCGGACGUGAAGGGCGUCCGAAUUACGGAGGAAAGUGUGCGCGGUGCCGAACCGAUCUACGUACGCCGGGGUGAAUCGAACGCCUCGAACAAGGAUCCGCCCGCAUCCGGUGAGGCUGGCCACACGAACAGCAGUAGCACGUCGGAGGAAGAGGAAGCGACAAAGGUGCGCGUGAAGCAGUAACAGGUAAAGCCGGGAUGGUCGUGCGGGCGCGUGCAAAAUUGUGCGACCUUCUUCUGACAGACAUCGAUCGUGAUCAUGAAUUGUCACUGUUUUGCCCAAUCAUCCGAUGGAUAAAAACGAAACUGAAACAUGUAUUUGUACAUACGAUUAUUUUCACAUAGACGGGCCGGUGUUCCUAUUUCGUUUUUCUACUCGCAACAUAACGAUCCUAAUUGCUUUUGUUGAAGCCUUGUUUCAUCCGACACAUUUAGCUGAGAGACUAGUGUAUGGCUCUUAGCUUAUCCGGUUCCUUGGGACCAUUCUUUCUGUACGUGUACAGUCCUAUUAUACAUCGGAGAUCUACCGUGAGCGAAGAUCGAAACUCUAAAUCAGCGCGUAACGAAAAAGAAACCUUGUUGCGCUGGGUAGAUGUAAACUUUGGCCUUAAGUUCAGCGCCUAUUUUUAAAAUGUAUCCCUUAAUUAUCCUUACAAUUAGCGUUCCACGGUUAAUGCUACUCAAAAGCGAAAGUUGAAACUUCACCGAGACGAAAUCAGGUGCCACGCUAUUUAACAACAAAAAGGGGUACGCAUGUAAUUUAAAACAACCUCACUAGUACAGGGGUUGGACAGUCGACAGAAAAUAAAAACUACCGUUAACCGUAAUGUUUUGAUUCGUGCGAUCGUCCGUUUUUGUGCGCCGGGUGAGUUAAUUAUGCUAAAGGCGGAACACAUAGUGGAAAAUGUUAACGAAUCUUUUGAUGAGUAACUGCGUGCAGUAGUAUAACGAUUAAAUAGGAACUCGCCCCCCCAAUCUGUGAAACCGGAGAAAACAAUACAAACAAACAAAAAACACACAUCUAACGCCUUUUAUGAGCCCUCUUUCUGCGUGUGUGAGCGCAGGAAUAGAAAGUGGUACGUGUAAAUUAGCAUCUCUUGUAGAAGAAUAGAUUUUUUUUAGAAGAGUAGGGAUUUUUAAUUCCUUAUUUGUUUCUUUUUUCUUCCUAUUUCCCUCCCAUAUUCCUUAACAAUAAUAUGUUGUUCGUCGGUUAGGGACGAUUGUACUGCUAGGGCAAGUUGAUUAGGAGGUAAGAGAAUUUAAAACGUAAUAAACAAUAAAGAUCGAGGAGUACUUAGU